AUGGGAAAACCAAAAUAUAUUCUAAUAGUUAGACAUGGGGAAUCUGAAGGCAACUGUGACAAGUCUGUUAACAGAUACACACCCAACCACUUAGUCCAGUUAACUGAUAAUGGACACUGCCAAGCGUUGCAAGCAGGUCAAGUAUUGCUGGAGUUUCUUAACCAUGCAUCGUUGAAUAACGUUAACAAUAAGCGCAAUCCCAAAUCCAUGAUGUUUAUAACAUCGCCAUAUUUGAGAACAAGACAGACCUGCAACAAUAUUAUUGAGGGCAUCAAAAAUGUUCCCGGUGUCGAAUAUAAAGUCAGAGAAGAGCCACGAAUGAGAGAACAAGAUUUUGGAAAUUUUCAACCUUCCCUGGAUGAGAUGGAGUUGAUUUGGAAAGAACGUGCCCAGUAUGGACAUUUUUUCUAUCGAAUACCACAUGGAGAAAGUGCAGCCGAUGUUUACGAUCGAGUAGCCAGUUUUAUGGAGUCGUUAUUCCGCCAGUUUAGAAGUGAUGAUUUCCCCAAUAUCUUAGUGUUGGUCAGUCAUGGAAUCUGGUCUCGAGUUUUCAUUAUGAAGUGGUUCAAGUGGAGUUACGAAGAGUUUGAAAGUUUAAAAAAUGUGCCUCAUUGCAAAUAUUUGGUGAUGAAAAAAGACGAUGAAACACAAAAAUACCAUUUGAAAACAAGGUUGUUGACUUGGGACGAUGUUGAAGAUGAUGAUUUGGAUGUCGGGCAAUGUCUGUUAGAUGAUGACGAAGUGUACAAGCUCAUUCAAGAUCAAAAAGAUACUGUCAAUUCAACAAGAAAUAAAGAUAAAAUAAUUGAAGAAAUGUACCGAAAAGCACAAGGACCAGAAUCAAAAUACACCGAUUAUAAAGAGAAAGUGGUAUCAAGAUUCAAAGUGGACAAUCAGAGUGUUGUUAAUAGUACCGAGAGUUUCCAUUAG